CCGUGGGCCAGCACAGUGAGUUUGAGUAGAGUUAAACACACCUGAGAGGAAGUAGCAGGUGGAUAGGAAGUUUGGAAGGAUAAUUCGACGGAUCAAGAGGAUAUUGACGAAGUCUCUUAGAAAAGGUGAGCUGCAAGGAUCUUGCCUGAGAUGGAGUUUGAUCAUAUAAAGUCCUCUGCUGCACUCAUUUAUGAUGAGUUCUUCCAGAACGCAGAUACUCGGACGGCGAACUGGCUGCUUAUGUCCUCUCCUGUCCCCCCAACGAUCAUCAUUGCAGCGUACAUUUACUUUGUCACAUCGUUGGGGCCUCGAAUGAUGGAGAACCGCAAAGCCUUUGACCUCAAAGGAGUUCUCAUCAUCUACAACUUUAGCAUUGUGGCUCUGUCACUCUACAUGUGCUACGAGUUUGUGAUGUCAGGAUGGGGAACAGGAUACUCAUUUCGAUGUGACUUGGUUGAUUACUCUGAUUCACCACAGGCUAUGAGGAUGGCAGCAACAUGCUGGCUUUACUACUUUUCAAAGUUCAUUGAAAUGUUGGACACAAUCUUCUUUGUCCUGAGGAAGAAGAACAGCCAGGUGACGUUUCUUCAUGUCUACCAUCACUCCAUCAUGCCCUUCACCUGGUGGUUUGGUGUUCGUUUUUCUCCAGGUGGGCAGGGAACUUUCCAUGCUCUGCUCAACUGUAUUGUCCAUGUUAUCAUGUAUACAUACUAUGGGCUGACUGCCAUGGGCCCCAAGUACCAGAAGUACCUGUGGUGGAAGAAACACCUCACCACCAUUCAGCUGAUCCAGUUUGUUAUGGUGACCAGCCACAUCUCCCAGUAUUUGUUCAUGAAGGACUGCCCCUACCAGUUUCCCAUCUUUAUCUACAUCAUUGGCCUGUAUGGCCUGAUCUUCCUAUGUCUCUUCCUUAACUUCUACUACCAUGCCUACACCAAAGGCAAGAGGCUUCCUAAAGUGCUGCAGGCUCAGACAUGGGCACAUCACACCAAUGGAGUCAUGAAUGGAAAUGCAAAUCAUGAAAAAGAACAGUGAUGCAAGGCUCUGGGUUUAGUGGGAGGUUCAGAGUUGAUCUAGUUUAUGCAAACAAACCACCGUGUUGGUUUGAGAUUCAACCUAAACUUGUUUUGGACUAUUUCUUCUGGUUGCUUUUUUUUCUGCUGGCAACUAUAAAAGACAAUCAUUUAAAUUAUGACCAAAGUUUGUUUAUAUAGUUUACUGACCCAAGCUGAAGGAUUUUAUUUAGUUUUGUUUAUGACUAAGUUUAAAGACUAACUUUUUGCUAAAAAUGUUCAAAUAUCCAUUCCUUUUUUUCCUACUGCAAUGUAGUUAAACAAUAAGUUGCUGAAAAAGACUGGUUUUAAUACUUUGUCUAUGGUACAGUUAAACAGGGCUUCCUCAAAAUUACUAGUGGGCUUUCUCAAGAUUUCUAGUAUUAAGAUCAUACUUACCUAUGACUGUAAGAAGACUUGUGAAAUCCAGUCAAGUUUUUAAAUUGAGCACUGAACAAAGUUAAGGUUUGUUUAUUUCACUAGGCCUGACGUGUCGUUUUUUUAAAAAUGAUGUUGAGGCUACACUUUUCCUGUCAUUCAGGUCGUCUUUCAGUGGUUACAUGCAUGCAUGCAAUAUUUGGGGGGGGGGUUGGUCACUUUUGAUAACACACACAUGCCCACUUCUCCAUGGUCAUAGCUGCUGCUGAUGGUACAGACAUGCAAUGAAAAGAGCAGAUGUCUCACUGUCAACUUUCCUCCUUGCCUUAAUUCUCUUAUGAAGCUAUGUUGUGACCAAUAUUCUGGAGGAAGCCCGAUGGACCUCUGUGGUUUUUGUAGGAUCCAUAGCAGAUUUUAAGCCGUAGUCUUUUCCUGGCUGAGGCAUAUUGCGUAAUAACAUAAGGUAUAGUAUGCACAAUUAACAGUUAAGCUGUUUUAGGUUGAACGGGAAGAGCCUUGCAUGUGAGCAGUGUGCUAAUGAGGUCUUGAAAUGGCUGGAGUCUGUGCCUUUUGGCUCUACAGUAGUUUUAUAUCUGAUUUGAUCUUAAACUCAAGUGACUGUAAUGGUUUGGUCUUCUGUUGACCGAUGAUACAGGAUUGAGAAAGCUUUGGAAUUAAUUCCACCUUUUUUUUUUUUUAUCAGGUGCAAAUGCACAACUGUAAAAGUUUA